UCCGGCCCGGCCCAUGGCGACCUGACGGGAGAGGCCUGAGGGAAGAGGCCUGACAGGAGGCCAAGCCUCAGCCACGACGGACGCGCGCGGGGCACGACGGGACCAGGAGGGCCAGGUGCCGGAGAAUGCUGCCCGAGGCUGGAAGGUAUCACUUCCCUUGGGAGGUCAGCUCUGACCUCAUCCCCGAAGGAACCGCAGUAAGAACCUUUGGCAGGUUGCACCACUACGACAUGGUCCGGUCCAGGGUGGUCCUGAAGGCCCAGCAUGGGCCGACCCAGCACGAGGUCCUGGUCAGCAGCCGGCUUGUGGAGCCUUUCCUAGCCCAGAUGGGGUCUCUGUACAUAGUGUUGGGGGAAUUCCUCCACGGAGAAGGCGGGGAGGACCUGGUGCAAGCCCGCGUGCUAACCUGUGUGGAGGGGAUGAAUCUUCCAUUGCUGGAGCGUGCGAUCCAGCAGCAGCGGGCCCACCUGCAGGAAAGGGGGCAGCCGGGACCGGAGGCCAGCAGCUCCUGACCCCGUCCGGCGGCAGCGGGCAGGUCACGGGUGGCAAGGACGGUCGUGGGGACCCCUCCCUUUCCCCCGGGACAGGGCAGGGGCGCCUCCCCAGGAACCCCAACAAACUGGACCAAAACAAGAUGAGUAGAUUAAAACGGGGUGAGACUGAAAAUAUGUAUAGUUUCAGGAUCAAAUAGUGAGAUAACUAUGUAUCAGAAAUAAAAUAUUUUGCAUUUGAUUACAUUUUAAA